AUUCAAUAAAAUUCUUCUUCUCAUUUUCAAUAUGGUAUCAGAGCGUUCUUUUUCUUGGUCCCGAAAUUCUGUUACAGUUUUCUUUUCUCUGUUUCGAAACCCUUUUUCUUAUGAAAACCAUAAAUCUUGCUCAAAGUCUCAUCAAUGGCGGCCAAUCAGAAUGUUGAUCCGAUGCAGAAUCCUUCGAGCCCUUAUUUCAUGCAUCCUAAUGAAAAUCCAGCUCUAGUUUUAGUGUCACCAGUGCUCACAAGCCCUAACUACCAUUCUUGGUCUCAGGCUAUGAAGAUGGCUUUGGUUUCUAAGAAUAAACUAAAGUUUGUAGAUGGAUCUUUAAAGAUGCUACCAGUUACUAAUCCACUAUACACAGCCUGGGAAAGGUGUAAUGCCUUUUUUCUAUCUUGGAUAAUUCACUCAUUAUCUCAAUCCAUCACUCAAAGUGUUCUUUGGAUUGACAAAGCAGCAGAUGUCUGGAAGGAUUUAAAGGGGAGAUUUUCACAAGAGGAUAUUUUACGUAUCUCAGAUCUGCAAGAAGAGAUUUAUGCCCUUAAACAAGGUGAGAGAUCUGUGACUGACUAUCAUACAGAAUUGAAAAUUUUAUGGGAUAAGUUGAUGAAUUUCAGACCUAUUCCCUCAUGCUCUUGCGAGAAUGCUUGUUCUUGUGAUGGAUAUUUGAAGGUGCAGGAAUAUCAGACUCAUUAUCAUGUUAUAAGAUUUUUGAAGAGGCUAAAUGAUCAGUAUUCUACAGUUAAGUCCCAAAUUAUGAUGCAAGAUCCAUUUCCCUUAAUUAACAAAGCCUUUACUUUGGUAAUCCAGCAAGACAGGCAAUUAUUUCCUUCUGGUGCUAAUGCUGUUGAAUCUAAGGCAUUUAUCAAUAGGGCUAUUAAAGCUGAUCAGUCCAGAUCUAAACCGUAUUAUGCUCCUAGACUUGGUGGUGAUGGUAAAAUUGAAGAUCACAGAUUUUGUACUUUCUGCGGCAAAUAUAGGCACACAGUUGACAUGCUAUAAAAAGCAUGGUUAUCCUCCUGGGUAUAAGAGGUUCAAUUCUGCUUCUGCAAAUUAUUGUGCCAAUUCAGAAGAGACUCAAUCAUCUGAUCCUAUUGUUUCUGUCAAAGGGAAUCCUAAUAACUCCAGUAUCUCUCUAACUCAAGAGCAGUGUCAAAGUCUCAUAGCUUUGCUUCAGGCUACUCAAAUUGUUUCUGCAUCACUUCCUAAUCCCUCUACUUUUUCAUCUCCAUCAAACACACCCACUGUUAGCAAUUUAAUUUCCACUUACACUCCUCAAUCAGGACUUGACCACAUGCAAGAUGAUUGGUACAGCUAACGUACAUGAAGGUUUAUAUGUAUUGAAUAAUCUUGUUCUCUCCUCAAAUCCCAGCAAUUCUCAUCAUUCUGUCCACGUUGCUGCCAACUUUGACUUUUGGCAUUAUAGACUUGGUCAUCCCUCCACUUCCAGAUUACAACUUUUGCAACCUUUCAUUUCUGAUUUUAGUUUUCGUAAGAAUAGCAAUUGUGAUAUUUGUCACUAUGCUAAACUGAGACAUUUACCAUUUCCUUAAGUGAUUCAAAAUCCAAUAAAAUGUUUGAACUUGUUCAUGUUGAUCUUUGGGGUCCUUUUUCAAUUCCCUCUAUUCAUAAUCAUAGACAUUUCCUCACUGUUGUUGAUGACUUUACCAGAUUUACUUGGGUUUUUUCCUUUUACAGAAUAAGUCUCAAACAAAAGUUGUUUUGCAGUCUUUCUUUGCUAUGGUAGAAACUAAGUUUUCUGCUACAAUUAAAACCUUGAGAAGUACCAAUGGUCUUGAAUUUGAUAUGCCUAUUUUUUAUGCUUCAGAAGGUACAAUUCAUCAAACUUCCUGUGUUGAAACUCCACAACAGAAUGGCCUUGUGGAAUGCAAACAUCAGCAUAUACUGAAUGCAGCAAGAUCUCUUCUUUUUCGAUCCCACUUACCAAAGCAAUAGUGGUCAUAUUGUAUAACACAUGCAGUUCAUUUGAUAUAUAGGCUUCCUGCUCUUUUAUGAGUUGCUUUAUGGUCAUAUCCCACAAUAUAAUAAUCUUAAAGUUUUUGGAUCACUUUGCUUUGCAUCGACACAUACUGCUCAUAGGUCAAAAUUUGACCCUAAAGCUAAGAAAUGUGUUUUUCUUGGUUUCAAGCAAGGCACUAAAGGAUUCGUUUUACUAGACCUUCAUUCUCGAAAUAUAUUUGUUUCUAGACAUGUUACAUUUCAUGAAAGUAUUUUUCCUCUUGCUUCUCCUUCUGCUCAUUUUAUUCCUUUUGUUCCUCAAGAUUAUUCUGAACCUCAUACUGAUAUUUUUCCUUCUUCAUCACUUCCUGUUGUUUUGCCUACUUCUCCAUGCUCUUCUUACACACCUGCUCCUUCUCCUCCUAUUAGACAUUCUCAACGUAUCAAAAAAACCACCAACCUACUUACAGGAUUAUCAUUGCAACCUUAUUCAUGCUAACAUCAAUCAUCAUUCCUCAGGUUCACUUUAUCUUCUGUCUUCUGUUAUUUCUUAUUCUAAUUUGUCUACAUCACAUAUACACUUUACUCUCUCUAUUUCUAUCACAACUGAGCCUAAAACUUAUAAUCAAGCAAUCCAAUUUGAGUGCCGGAAACAGGCUAUGCAUGCCGAGAUACUUGCCCUUGAACAAAAUCAUACUUGGGUUGUGAUCUUCCUCCUGGCAAGAGUGCAAUAGGAUGCAAACGGGUCUUUAGAAUUUUAAGAAAGGCUGAUGGGACAAUUGAAAGAUACAAGGCCCGUUUGGUAGCUAAGGAUACACAUAGACCGAAGGAGUUGACUACCUUGACACUUUCUCACCAGUGGCAAAAAUUACUGCUAUCAAGCUACUGCUGGCACUUGCAGCUGCAAAUAAUUGGCACUUACAGCAGCUAGAUGUCAAUAAUGCCUUCCUUCAUGGUGAAUUACAUGAGAAGGUAUAUAUGGAAUUGCCUCCAGGUUUCACUUCUUCCAAGUCCAACCAAGUGUGUCAUUUGCAAAAAUCAUUACAUGGGCAUAAGCAAGCUAGCAGGCAAUGGUAUUCUAAGCUUUCACAAGCUCUUGUUUCUCUUGGCUAUUUGCAAUCUCAAUUAGAUCAUAGUCUCUUUGUCUAGAAAAUUGGUGAUCAACUUACUGUAUUCCUUGUCUAUGUGGAUGAUUUAAUCCUUGUUGGUACUGAUAUAACAGAAAUUAAUUCUGUUAAGUCAUUCUUGGAUUAGAAGUUUAAGAUUAAAGAUCUAGGAAAUCUAAUUUUUCCUUUUUUUAGGGGGCGUUGUAGGUGGCUAAAACAAUAGCAAGCAUCUCUCUCAAUCUGAUGCUGGCUUUCUUGACUCAAAACCUACUAAGACACCUAUGGACAGUAAGCUUAAACUCAGCAAGGACCAGGGUGACCCUCUUUCAGAUGUAAUUUCAUAUAGGAAGCUUGUUGGCGGAUUACUGUACCUUACAUCCACUAGACCUGAUAUAUCAUCUAUUGUGCAGCAACUAAGUCAGUUUAUGGACAAACCAACUUCAACUCAUCUUCAGCUGGCACAUGAGUUCUUAGAUAUAUAAAACCUGCUCCCGGUGCUGGUCUUUUCUUUCCAGCAACCUCUGAUCUCCAGCUUAAGGCUUUUAGUGACUUUGACUGGGCUGGAUGCAUUGGUACCAGAAAAUCCAUUGCUGGAUUUUGUAUCUUUUUAGGCCCUUCUUUAAUUUGUUGGAGUGCCAAGAAAUAGCCUACUGUAUCUAGGUCUUCAUCUAAAGUAGAGUAGAGAGCUCUUUCUUCUACUACUUGUGAAUUGCAGUGGCUUAAAUAUUUGUUGCAGGAUUUGCACAUUUGUCAUUCACGGCCAACCUUGUUGUUUUGCGACAACAAGUUUGCCUUUCAAAUAGCUACAUUCCAUGAGCGCACCAAACACAUUGAAACACAUUGAACUUAACUGUCAUAUCGUAAGGGAAAAGAUUCAUUCAGGUCUCAUCAAGCUUCUACCACUUGCUUCUUCUACUCAACUAGCUUAUAUUUGUACAAAAGCACUUCCUACUGCUCCAUUCCAAGAAAUCAUUUCCAAGCUGGGAAUGAUAGAUAUCUACUC